AUGAUUCGUCAGGAGGACAAACAACAGGAAGAGACUUUUCUCUUUUCUCUUUUCUCUUUUCUCUUCUGUUGUUGAAACAUUUAGUGUCUGAUCAGAUCCAGAAGAAGAAGAAGAAGAAGAACGAGCAGCGGCUCCGGAUGUAAAGUUAGUUCAACAUCAUCAAUUCAUCCAACGAGUGUCCGUCGAGGGUCAGAGGUCACCAUGGGGUCGGCUGUGGAGAGGACGGACGAACACGUGAGGGAGUAUCUGAUCUACCGCGGCUUCACCGGCACCAUGAAGCACCUGGACGGCGAGAUGAAGGCCGACAAGGAGAAAGGCUUCAGGGUGGAUAAGAUCAUCGAGCAGCUGCAGCAGUUCAUCCAGAGCUUCGACCUGUUCGGUCUGAAGGAGUACUGGCUCUACCUGGACAGACGUCUGUUCUGCCGCCUGGAGGACGUCUACAGGGCCACGGUCAACAAGCUGAGGACCAGCCUGUACCGAUACUACGUCAUCAACACCAUCCAGAAAGGAAACCUGGAGCGGACUCAGGAGUUCUUCCAGAGGCAGGCGCUGGAGCUGCAGGGUCAGGUGGAGUGGCGCGAUUGGUUCAUCCUGCCGUUCAUCCCCGCCCCCGAGCAGAACCCCGCCUUCUCGCCGUACUUCUCCCGCCAGUGGGCCGACACCUUCCUGGUUUCGCUGCACAACUUCCUGUCGGUGCUCUUCCAGUGUAUGCCCCAGCCUGUCUUGCUGGGUUUCGACGCCGAGGUGCAGAGGACGACGAGUCUGACGGAAGAGAACGAACAGCUGCGGCAGCUGGUGUUCGCGCUGCAGAUGGAGCCUCGGGACCAGAGGGACGCAGACGAGAUGGUUCACCACAAGCUGCCGCCGUACGUCCAGAACAUGGACCGACUGGGAGACACUGAGCUGGACUUGGUGUCGAGCCAGCGAGCCUCCAGCACUGCCACCACUCCUUCCAGAAACUUCUUCUCCACAUUCCUGCCGCAGGGCCGACGCACUCCGGGGAAACCGCCUCCGGUCACCGCUGGGUCUUCACCGGGCCAGGGGGCCGUGAGCAGGAAGGAUCCACCAGCCAGUCAGCCUGCAAAGUCAAAAGAGACAGUUCAGACGAAGGAGGUGAAGCCGGUUGCCAGCCAGGCGUCGAGCAGCGAACCCGUGAGCUCCCAGUCCCAGCAGUCAACAAACCAGGCGACGAGCCAUCCCAGACACAAGCGAAUCCAGGACCAUGAGAAAGAGAGGAAGGAGCUUUUCUCCAAACCACCAACACAGACACCAGAGAGGAAGGGAGAAGCCGGGGAGGUGGAGCCUCCCGCCGAGACCUCUGGCGAACCCCCCGACUCCUCCGCUUCCCCCAACAGCCGGAGCAGCGGAGGAGGUGGAACCGAGGGAGGAGGUCUGUCGGCAGAACAGCCUUUCAUCAAACUCAGCCAGGAGGAAUACGGAGAGCACCACUCGUCCAUCAUGCACUGCAGAGUUGACUGCUCCGGUCGACGAGUUGCCAGUUUGGAUGUAGAUGGGGUCAUCAAGGUGUGGUCGUUCAACCCCAUCAUUCAGACCAAAGCCACCAUCAUGUCCAAGUCUCCUCUCCUGUCUCUGGAGUGGGCAACCAAACCCGACAGACUGUUGCUACUAGGCAGCGGCGUUGGCACAGUGCGGCUGUACGAUACAGACGCCAAGAAGAAUCUAUAUGAGAUGAACAUUGACGAAACUCAUCCACGUAUCUUGUCGUUAGCGUGCAGUCCUAGCGGUUCGUCGUUCGUGUGUUCGGCGGCAGCGCUUGGUCGAUCUGGAAGUGCCGAGUCUGUUCCUCGACUUCCUCUUCCGGUGUCUGGACAGCUGCUGCUGUGGGACACCAAGACCGUCAAGCAGCAGCUCCAGUUCUCUCUUGAACCUGAACCAGUAGCCAUCAACUGCACGGCCUUCAACCACAACGGGAACCUGCUGGUGACCGGCGCCGCUGACGGAGUUAUCAGACUGUUUGAUAUGCAGCGCUAUGAGAGCGCCAUGAGCUGGAGAGCUCACGACGGAGAAGUUUACAGUGUGGAGUUCAGCUACGAUGAAAACACCGUGUUCAGCAUCGGAGAGGACGGAAAGUUCAUCCAGUGGAACAUCCAUCGGUGUGGGGUGAAGCAGUCGGAGCAGGUUCUAGCUCAGGACGCCACCGGGCCCUUCGUGCUCUCAGGUUACAGUGGAUACAAACAGGUUCAGGUUCCUCGAGGUCGACUCUUCGCCUUCGACUCGGAAGGACAACACGUCCUGACGUGUUCCAGCUCUGGAGGACUCAUAUACAGACUGACCAAUGGGGAGUCGGCUCUGGAGAGCGUGCUGUCGCUGGGUGGCCACAAAGCGCCCGUGGUGACGGUUGACUGGUGCUCUGCGGUGGACUGUGGCACCUGCCUGACGGCCUCCAUGGACGGGAAGAUCAAACUGAGCACGCUCCUGGCGCAGAAGUCCUGACUCCAUCAAGACAGUCAGUUUUCCCAAGUUACUGAUGGAGAUUAUUCCAGAAUCUCAUAAAAAUAUAAACAUUUACAUGGUAUGAUACAAAAAGAGAAAACUCAUCAACCUGUGAUAAAUUCAUAUUUACAUUAAAAACCCUGUGAAAGCUU